AAAAUGCAUCUUCAUUUCGAGAGGAACGUGAACGCUAAGUGCGAUUGCACGAUAUUGUCGCUGUCAUGGAUGGGGAAAGUGCCUGACGAGCUGCCAGAGGAGGAGGGUUGGAAAUUGAACCGCAACAACUACUAUCAAGAAGGCUGGCUGGCGACGGGUAACGUGCGCGGCGUGGUCGGCGUCACCUUCACCUCGUCGCACGCGCGCCGGCCGCACGAGUUGCCGCUCAGAACCAACUACAACCUUCGGGGACAUAGAUCUGAUGUCAUACUGGUGAAAUGGAACGAGCCAUACCAGAAGUUGGCGUCGUGCGACAGUUCGGGGGUCAUCUUCGUGUGGAUCAAGUACGAGGGUCGCUGGAGCAUAGAGCUGAUCAACGACAGGAGCACGCCCGUCACCCACUUCUCCUGGUCUCAUGAUGGACGCAUGGCGCUUAUCUGCUAUCAGGAUGGCUUCGUGCUGGUGGGUUCGGUGGCGGGCCAGCGGUACUGGUCGUCCAUGCUGUCUCUGGACGCGCGCAUCACGUGCGGCUGCUGGACCCCGGAUGACAACCAGGUGUACCUGGGCACAGCGUCUGCGCAGCUCGUAGUUAUGGACGUGCACGGUGCCAUGGUCUCACAGGUGCAACUAGUGGCUGAGGGCGGCAUAACAUCCAUGGCUUGGUCGUGCGAGAAGUUCAAAAUGGAGGAAGGCGAAGAAAGCACCGAAAGCAAUGGCGGACACGUAUUAGCUGUGGCGUUGGGUAACGGGGAGAUAGUGUUGUUGCGUGGACAUGAUGACGUCAGCCCAGCGAGGAUAAGCACUGGACUCAGGGGGAACACUCUGGCUAUGGAGUGGGCCAACUCGAGAGAACUCCUCGCCGUUGCUGGGACCUUGUUACCUGAAACAGACGAGCCGCCCGACUCGCCUCCCUUUAAAAACGUGGUCAAAUUCUACUCGGAUACAGGCGCGUUAAUUUAUACAGUGCCGAUACCCUAUACACAGGCACGCGUAACAGCAUUAACAUGGGGUCACGCGGCGCGGCGGCUGUUCGUGAGCGUGGGGGGCGCCGUGUGUACUGCGCGCGUGUGGCGUGUGGUGGCGCCACUGCAACUGUUGGCCAGAGUACGAGCGGCUCAGGCGCUGAGAGAACCACGUCUGGCGAGGUUACUGCCGCUCCCGCCAAGAUUGCAGCCGGCGUUAGCUAACCUCUUCGCUCAUACUAUACGGUGUAACGUGCCAGAAAUAAGUGAACUCCGCGUGUUCGUGUCCCGGCCGCCGGGCGCCGGGGCUCGAUUACACUGCACCAUGCUGCGUCACGAUGACGAGGAGGCUGGAGCUUAUACUCUGUACCUGGAGCAUCUGGGAGGACUCGUGCCGUUACUGAAAGGCCGCCGAACUAGCAAGAUCAGACCUGAGUUUGUUAUAUUCGACCCUCAAGCCGAAGGUGCCGUCACCAACCCGGUGCGGUGUAGCAGCAACAGUAGUAGCAGCAGCGGCACCGGCAGCAGCAGCAGCGGCGGCAGUGUGGCCGGUGUCAGCUCGCCCAGAGUGACGCGACGACCGCCGCCGCAAGGACAAACUUCCUCCUCUGAUACGGAGCCGGAAGAAGGUUGCUCGGGCUCUCCCAGACUACAGCGCCGCCGCCGCGCUCGCUCGCGCCGCAAGAUGCGCCACGCGAGCGACAAGGACGACGCGCCUGACGAACUCGCCUACAUCGACUCCUUGCCUGAGGACGUAAGACUGGUAGAAGUGACCUCCAACAUAUGGGGCACUAAGUUCAAAAUGCACGGCCUAGCGAAAAACGUUCCGGCAAACUUAGGACAAGUGACGUACAAAACGUCCUUACUACACCUCCAACCGCGACAGAUGACGCUCAUGAUUACAGAACUUCGGGACGACUACCCGGUGGGACCAGACCCAAACUUCAACCCAAAUAUAUUCUCGGAGGACGAGGAAGAAGUCUUCCAGUCUAUGGACACUAUCAAUUCUCCGUCGCACACUAACAAUAACAUCAGAAGAAAGUUAACGCUGAGCGAGAGAAUAAACAACACUAAUAACAUCAUGAAUCAAACUGACGUUUAUUCGACGAACAAUAACAACAGUAGUGGACCGUCGCUCGCGCGAGCAGAAUCUUACGACGAGUUUCCAUACAUUGAUACUAACGAUUUGAGUAGCGUUCCCGAGCCAGUGUACACAGUGAGGCGCGGGCACGCGGCGGCGGGUGCGGGGGGGCGCCACGCCAUCUCCCCGCUGCGCUGCGAGGGCUCCGUGCCCACGCUGCAGUCCCCCAAGAACGCCGUCGCGCCCACAGACAUCAUUUUUGAGAGACCCUCCCCGCAGGCCGUCACAUGCGGAGGACGCGGAGACUUCUGUGGACGCGCGGACUACGCUGUACGCGAUAACGUCUCCCUCAAAACCAACCUCUCCAACAUAGAACAGCAAUCGUUCAGCUUAAACUUAACCCUAGAACCGAGUAGGCAGGUCACAAUCAAGAAGUGCGACAGCCACGUCGCCGACAACUGCCUCUCGAAACUGCGGAAAAAUAUCUGCAGUAGAGGCGAGGCAUCGUACGAUAUGAACACUAGGAUAUUGAAAUCGUUGUGUAAUAAGAAUUACGAACACGAAGUUCAUCCUGAUGCGAUGACGAGGCGGGUGGAGACGCUGAAGAAUUUGCAGAAGGGUGAAGACCUAAAGUACAUUGACGAAGAGACACCUGUUGAAACGAACAUUAGUAACAUAGUUGAAAGGGGGAGGGAGGUGAGAGUGCAGAGGACCACUACAGUCGUGCCGAUCAGUCCGGUGUGCGCUAGCGUGCCCGUGUACGAUACCAUGACGAGGAGUUGCAGCGUGGGCUACCUGGACCUCGUGGACCCGCAAGUGCUGCACGCGCACGUCAGCCUCACGGCGCUGCGCGGGGAACCGCCGAGACGGCUCAUAUUAGUGAACAACAAGCGCCAGCGCAGGCCGCGACGACAUCAGCGCAACGCCGACGCGAAACAGGCCGAGAACGCGAAGACUCCGAGUUUGAAGAAAUGCGGGAAAUCGAAGAGCUUAGACUCGAGCGAGCUUUCGGUGGCGGCGGACAAGAACGUUAGGAAUUUGAAGUCUGAACCGUCGAAAGCGGACGUCGUUUCCGGGAACUCUAGCGGUCGGUGUACGAGCACGGGCACAGAGGACACCAGCACGACGAGCGCGGAAGAGGGUGGGCGGCGGUCUCGGCGGGACUACCCGGUGUGCACGGUGUGCCGCCUCGUGGCGCCCUACGACCGCCGCCCGCCCGCGCCGCCGCCCUACGUGUGCGCGGCCUGCGGGCCCGCGUCCCGCCCCGCGCCGCCCCGCGACCCGCCCGCGCCCGCGCCCGUUAGCCGCCCGCCCGCUGACAGCGACUCAGACUACAGCAAGUAUUAUAGUUCGCUAGAGCAGCUUGCUCUACGUUUGUUGGCGUCGCGAUCGGGGCGGGGCUCGCGCAGUGCGCAGGCGCGGGAGGUGAGCUCGGCGCCCGCCUCCCCGCGCCCCGCGAGGGCCGCCCCGCCCCCCGCGCCCGCCACACCGAGGCGGACCAGAUACUCCUCUGCCUCGCCUAUAAGACAAUUGCUCAAUUCGCCCCUCCUGAACCGGAGACGCAACAAGAAGCCGUCCGAGAGCUCCGACGACGAGUACUCCAACGGCUACAACGAGGUCAACAGCAAAAACUACCGCGACUUGGAAAGCUUCCAGAAAGCACAGCUAAGAAAUAAGCUAAAACGCUGCGGCACUGUCGGAGGGCCGUGCCCGGCGUCGUCGCGGAGACAGCUGGUGAUGCACAAUAAGGCGCCCAUGUGGAACGAGAACAGCCAAGUCUACCAACUGGACUUCGGAGGCCGAGUCACGCAGGAGUCCGCCAAGAACUUCCAGAUCGAGUACCACGGGAAGCAGGUAAUGCAAUUCGGUCGCAUAGACGGCAACGCGUACACUCUGGACUUCCAGUACCCGUUCUCAGCGCUGCAGGCCUUCGCGGUGGCGCUCGCCAACGUCACGCAGCGGCUCAAGUGA